CUAUUCCUCCACAUGUUACUUUUUUCCUUCAAAGUCGUCUUCAAAACAGAGAAAAAGGAUAUUCCAAAAAAGGAAAAUGGAAACUCACCAACCAGAUUCAUGCAAUUGAAAGAAAAAAGCUUCUGCAUUUCCAAUCGAAACCCAAAAAAAUCAAAUAUUUUCCCACUCAAAAAAGGAAAAAUUUGCAAGAGGAAGAGGAUUUGAUGGUUAAGGUUGUUAUUAACUAAUUAAAAUAAUUUCUCUCAGUGGCAUAAUUUUUAUAAUUUAAUCCAAAACAGGUCUCACCUGAUGUGGCCUUUAUAUUUGCUGUUAAACAAGAUUCUUAAAACAGAUGAAGAUGAAGAUCGAAUGAACACCACAACACGAUGCUACGGUUUUGAGCAUCGAAUCGGCCACAAAUCGAUGUUGCCACGAUCCCAUUUCGUUCAAGUUCCACAUGUAAACCAAUUGUUCUCUUGGGAUUGUGGACUUGCUUGUGUGUUGAUGGCGUUAACUACUAUUGGUGUUAAUGAUUGUAGUAUUGAGAAUUUAGCUGAACUUUGCUGCACAACUAGCAUUUGGACAGUUGAUCUCGCUUACUUACUGCAAAAGUUUUCGGUUAGAUUUUCCUAUUAUACUGUAACAUUUGGAGCUAACCCGAACUACUCCGGUGAGACAUAUUAUAAGGAGCAACUGCCUAACGAUCUGGUUCGAGUAGAUACACUAUUUAAAAAAGCGGUGGAAGCAGGAAUCAAUAUAGGGUGCAGGUCCAUCAGUGGUGAAGAAAUCUCUUGUUGGAUCUUGUCGGGAAAGUAUAUUGCAAUCGCUUUGGUUGACCAGUACAAAUUGAGUCAGUCUUGGAUGGAGGAUGUCAUCAUCCAUGGAUUUCAGGGAAACGAUGUAGGAUAUACCGGUCACUACGUUGUGAUAUGUGGCUACGAUUCCGAAACAGACGAGUUCGAGAUCAGAGAUCCUGCGAGUUCUCGGGAACACGACAGGGUCUCAUCAAAGUGUCUCGAAGAAGCACGCAAAUCCUUUGGUACCGACGAAGAUCUUCUUCUGAUAUCACUCGAGGAGAGCCGGAAACCGAACUACUCCGUCUUAUAAUUUUCUACACUUCAUGUAUAUGCCACGAUCCAUACCAUGUAACUGUUUGUCCAGCUCUCCUCACCAUUUUCUGCACUUGCUCGUAUUUGAAGAUUGUGUAUAGUAAGCUCUUGGAAGAAAUAACUAGUCUUUGUAUGGCGUAGUUGGUCUAAUGAUUUGAUUUUUAAUCUGCAAAUUACUGGCAAUUUGUACAACAAUGCAUUCAUUUUGUACAUGAAAUUGUAUAUUGCAAUAUAUAAUUGUUGUAUAAUAAAUCAUGUUUCUUGUUUUUCUUUUAUACUCAUAUUUCUUUAACAAUGUUGGGAACUUGUCCCUUUGAUGAAA